UUCCUGUUGUAUCAGCAGCAGAAUGCAGCAGACGACACGACAAACACCACAACAGAUGUUUUCACCGGGGUUGAAGACAAGCGUUUUUGAUUUUGUUUCCAGGAUGCCAAAUUAAAUACCUUACUUUGUAAGAAAAAAUAUUUCAAAGGGUGCUGGCUGCUCGCUGUUUGUCGACUUAUAUCAUCACUGGCAAUGUCCUACGAAAUAAAGAAUCGUGUGUUAGCCUUAGGGCGGAAAUCACGACUUUCAGAAAUGGAUCAUACACUGAGAUCAGAAAAAAUUAACUGGAUGGAGUGUCGACAUCCUUCAGGAGACACACUUCUGCAUAUUGCUGCUCAGAGUGGAAACGUCUCUUUGAUGAGGCAUUUACUAGAACAUUUAAACUCAGAGCCAAAGUGGGUUGAUGUAACCAACUUAGCUGGUAAAACUCCUUUGCAUGAGGCAUGCCAAAAUUCUCAACCUGAGGCUGUGUCCUUCCUAAUUAGUAAAGGUGCUAACGUUCGAGCUAUAAAACAGGCCGAUUGGACUCCUCUCAUGCUUGCAUGCACAAAGACUGGAAAAAAUUCAUUAAGUUGUUGUCGCCUCUUGCUAGAAAAAGGAGGUCCUGUGCUAGUUGCAGACAAAAAUAAAGAUGGGUGGAAUGCUUUACAUAUUGCAGCAAGAGAAGGGGACACUUCAAUUGUGAAAGAACUUCUGCAGUUUGACCCUUCUUCUAUGCAGGCCACAGAGAAAAGCAAAAAUGGGAGAACACCCUUACACACAGCAGCAUUACAUGGCUGCCACCACGUUGUAGAAGAACUGUUGGCUCUGAACUCCAUAGACUGCAAUGUUCAGGAUUCUUGUGGUGCCACACCACUCCACGAUGCUGUUCGGAGUGGGGACCUUAAAACUUUGACAGCUUUAGCUAGAUCAGGAGCUGAUUUAAAUGCAUACAACAAUGAGGGAUAUGGAAUUCUACACAUGGCUGCCCAAACUGGUCAAGUAGCAAUGCUGAAAUAUCUACUAGAAGAAGUUUGUCUGAAUAUAAAAAUAGAUCUAAACAUGAAGACUACUCCUUUACACUGUGCAGUUAGAGCAGGACAAACCGAAGCUGUUGUUGAACUUUUAGAAAAAGGAGCAGAUCCUAAAUCUUUGGAUUUCUGGGGACGUUCAUGUUACGAUAUUAUUCCAGAAAAGAAUGUAUCUGACAUUAAAAGUAUGCUUGAUAAAGCUGUGACAAGAAUUGAUUUUGAAGAAGCAUAAGCAGUUUAGAAACAGUAAAACAGCGUUUAUUCUGA